AUUCUUAAUUCUUUUCCAAAUGCCAAAUUUGGAGAAAAUGAUGAGAGCUUAGCUUCGAAGAUCAGAAUGAAAUAGAAGCAUUUUACGGGAAAAGAAAGAGGUCAACUGAUAGCAAAAAGCAACAAUUUUUGCUUUUGGACUCGGUAGAUCGAAUCAGGUGGGAGAAUGGCAAGAGCUGGAGGGAUUACAAACGCUGUCAAUGUCGGGAUAGCAGUGCAAGCCGAUUGGGAAAAUCGCGAAUUCAUCUCUCACAUUUCCCUCAACGUUCGUCGCCUCUUCGAAUUCCUCCUCCAAUUUGAGGCUACUACCAAGAGUAAAUUGGCUUCGCUUAAUGAAAAGCUUGAUACGCUGGAGCGACGUUUAGAGGUCCUGGAAGUCCAAGUGGGUACUGCAACUGCCAAUCCUUCUCUUCUUAGUACCUGAUGUUGAUUUGGUUUAUUGUUUGUAUUGAUUCUGCGUCUAUGUAAGCGUUCCAUCUUGUCUGUAAUUCUUCUUGUGAACUAAAUAUAUUUGAGCUUGCAUUGUAUCCCUCUUGAAAGGUAAUAUAUGUGUCUUCUUUUUGUCCCUCUUUUGGAAUAUAUCAUAUAAAUUUAGCAUUUUCCCUUUUUUAAUAGAAUGACCCCGUAUUCCUUGA